AUGGCACGACAAAUUCUGUUGCCUGUGCUUCUUUGUGGGAUGAUCACAGGUUCUGUGAUUUCCCAGAGCCCAGGACUACUCUAUCCAGUGUCAGGAACUACAAAUAUUCGAACAGAUGAUGAAGGUUCUUCUUUAGUAAAUUUGCAACGGCCUUUUGUCUAUUUCGGGCGGACCUACAAUCAGAUUUAUGUCAACCAGAAUGGACACCUGACAUUUAACAAUUCAUGGGAGAGUUUCAUACCUCAGAGGUUUCCAAUGAAUGGAUCAAGAGACUUGAUUGCUCCAUUCUGGGCAGAUCUCGACAACAGAGAGGUGGGUCGAGUCUACUACAACCAGUACACCAGCGGCAGCAUCCUCCAGCAAGCUACACAGGACAUAAACCAGUAUUUCCCAGGACUGGCCUUCACUGCCACCUGGGUCUUUGUUGCAACCUGGUAUGAGGUGGCCUACUACCCAAAUUCAGGAACACGCACAACUGCCCAAGGAGUCUUGAUCUCUGGUGGAAACUACUCAUUUGUGCUGAUGAAUUAUGGGGCAAUUGCCGCAACAUCUCUCAAUGUACAGGCUGGCUAUGACACAAUCGACUCCACUUAUUAUUUCUCCAUCCCUGGAUCAUUCGCUGUGACUGCAACAGGACCCAACUCAAAUUUCCGCCUGAGCAGCAAUGUCAACGUACCCGGUCGAUGGGCCUUCCAGACAAACCAUGGAUCAACAGGCUGUUCUUUAAAUGGUGAACCUGUGCAGCUGGGUGACUCAUUCUGGAGCGACAGUACCUGUGCACAGAAGUGCACCUGCACCACAGCAGGCCUGCAGUGCCACAGCCAACCCUGCACCUUUUCCCAAAUCUGCCAACCUGCUGACUUUCGGUUCUCCUGCCAGACGGUGGAGAAAGGCACCUGCAGCAUAAUUGGAGAUCCACAUUACUAUACCUUUGAUGACAGACUGUUUCACUUUCAAGGCAACUGCACUUAUAUUCUCUCAGAGCAAUGUGGUCGCGGGCUGCCCUACUAUAGAGUAGAGGGCAAGAACGAGCACCGGGGCAGCAUUCGAGUGUCUUGGAUACGACUGGUCAAAGUGUACGUCUAUAAUGAAACAAUCGAGAUUGUCAAGGGACGUCGUGGUCAGGCAAAGGUUAAUGGCAACUUUGUGGCUACUCCCAUCUCCCUUAACAAUGGCACAGUCCAGGUUUAUGAGUCAGGUUUUUCUGUGAUUGUCAGCACUGACUUUGGCUUGGAUGUGUCUUAUGACACCAAUCAUUAUGCUUGGAUUAGUGUGCCCUACACUUACCAGAAUGCAACAUGUGGCCUGUGUGGAAACUUCAACAAUGAUCCCAGAGAUGACUUCAGAACCCGCCAAGGUGAGCUGGUGAGCUCUGAUGUGGUUUUUGCAAACAGUUGGCAAGCAUCAGGAGACAAUGAGCCUGACUGUGGACCACAGUGUGAAGGUCUGGACUGUACUACCUGCACUGAUGCUGAGAUAGCAUUAUACAACAACAAUGCCCAUUGUGGUAUGCUCUCAAACAUUUCUGGACCUUUUGCCGCUUGCCAUGAGCAACUUCCCCCACAGAACUUUGUGGAGAGUUGUGUUUAUGAUGUGUGUGUGGGAGAAGGGUACCAACCUAUUCUGUGCCAAGCCCUAACUGUGUAUGCAAGUCAGUGUCAACAGAAUGGUAUAGAGCUCCCAAGCUGGAGGAGACAAGGCUUCUGUGAAAUCUCCUGCCCAGCCAACAGCCACUUCGAGUCCCAAGGCACAGGAUGUCCAGCUACUUGCAUCAAUCCCAAUUCUACCCACAACUGUCCUCUCCCUGCCCAGGAAAGCUGCAUUUGCAAUUCAGGCUACAUCCUCAGUGCUGGAGUCUGCGUCCCUCAUGCUGAGUGUGGCUGCAGCUUUGAGGGUCGCUACUACCGCUCUGGAGACACUGUAAUACUAGAUGAGGACUGUGGGAGACGUUGUAGCUGCAGUUAUGGCACCAUGACUUGCCAGUCCCAUGGUUGUGGCCUACAAGAGUCUUGCAGGGUGGAGGAAGGGGAAAGAGGAUGCAGACCUAACAGUUAUGCAACAUGCUGGAUAAGAGGCCCAGGGACAUAUCAAACUUUUGAUGGACUGACAUACCAGUAUCCUGGAGCAUGUCGAUUGACUCUUGCCAAAGUAACUGGAUUGUCUAGUCACCCACAUUUUGUGGUGACAGCAGAAAAAGUGCCUAAAGGCCAACACAGUUUUGCCCAGUUGCUUAAGUUUGAGGCAGAGGGAGUACAUGUGUCCAUUGAGAUGGAAAAUAGCGGCAGAAUACAUGUUGACGGUCAGCGGAUCAGACUACCGUUCAGCUCAGCAUCCAGCAGAAUCCAGAUCUACCACAGCAACAUUCACAGUAUCAUCCUUCGUACCUCCUUUGGUGUAACUGUGCAGACAGUCUGGCCUCACUUUGUGCGUGUCACUGCACCUGGUAUCUACAGUAAUUCCCUGGGUGGACUCUGUGGUAACUACAAUGGUCAACCGCAUGACGACUUCCGUACACCCAAUGGCAUUCUGGUCAACAGCUCUCAGGACUUUGGGGACAGUUGGCGAGAUGGCUCCCUCACUGUACACUGUGUGGAAAGUGUAAAUCCGAACUCUACGAUGAACAACAAUUCUAGUGAGUACUGUCAGAUUCUUGGCUCACUACAUGGGCCUUUUACUCAGUGUUGGGACAUGGUGGACCCACAGCAGAAUGUGGAUGCAUGUUUGAAGAUCAUUAAGACCUCUAAAGAUCCUGCUUCAGAGCUAUGUGAGGUCCUACAAGAUUUACUAAUGUGUCAACUUAGGGGAGUAGCCCUAGAACACUGGAGAAAAGCAACUGGUUGUAAGCAAUACUGCCCUCGAAACAGCCAUUAUGAAGUCUGUGGAACGUCUUGUCCCUCCACCUGUCUCAGUCUCUCCUUCCCUUUUGACUGUGUUACUGCAUGCCAGGAGGGUUGCCAGUGUGAUGAUGGUUUUGUCCUCAAUGGCAACCAGUGUGUGCCACCAACAGGGUGCGGAUGCUAUCACCAAGGACACUAUCGCCAAGGGAGUGAACAGUUCUGGGAUGGUGAGGAGUGUCAGAGCUUGUGCACCUGUGAUGGCACUACUGGGGCAGUCCACUGUGUCCCCAACUCCUGUGGUCCCCACGAGUCCUGUCGUGUGGUGGAGGGUGAGUUUGGCUGCCAUCCAAACCAUCAUGGCACCUGCUCUGCCUCAGGUGACCCUCACUACCUCACCUUUGAUGGCAAGGCCUAUGACUUCCAGGGAACCUGCCGCUAUACUCUGGUGACCCUUUGUAACACCACUGAUGGACUCCACCAAUUUUCUGUGGAAGCUAAAAAUGAGCCUUUGAAUGGGCGGCAAGUUUCAACCACAGCUGAAGUUUUUGUCAAUGUGUGGGGCUAUCGAGUGCAUAUGUCAAGAGACAGACCUGGUGUAGUUCAAGUAAACGGAGAAACUAAAAAUUUGCCUGUUCUCUUGAAUAAAGGUCAGGUGUCAAUCUAUUCAAGUGGAUUCUAUGUAUUUGUCAGUGCUGAUUUUGGCUUCAGUGUCAGCUAUGAUGGUGAUAGCACAGUGUUUAUCUCUUUACCUGCAAACUACAGCGGAAAAACAUGUGGACUUUGUGGAAACUUCAAUGGAAACCCAAAUGAUGAGUUCCACACCCCAUCUGGAAUGAUGGUCACCACUCCAGAUGAGUUUGGGGCAGCUUGGAAAGUGGAGGGCGAUGACACAUGCAGUGAUGGGUGUGGGUCCAAUUGUGACCCAAUGUGCCUCGAUGAGCUACUUGCUCAAGCCCAAUGUGAUGUGAUUCAAGCAGCUGACGGUCCUCUCAGCUUCUGCCAUGAGCAGGUGGACCCAGCACCAUAUUUUAACGACUGUGUGUUUGACGUUUGUUGGGCAGGAGAUGAGUGGGAAGAUCUUCUAUGCAGAGCCAUUGAGACAUAUGUCAGUGUCUGUCAGUUUGCUAAUGUUAGAAUCUACCCUUGGAGACAGAACACCCCCUGCAGACCUGACUGUGAAACCCCCCACAGCCAUUAUGAGCUGUGUGGUACCGACUGCGGCCGCACCUGUGCCAGCAGCAUUGAUGCUGCCUGUGAGCAGGGUUGCUCUGAGGGAUGUUUCUGUGACGAAGGUUUUCUCAGGAGCGGGACGAGAUGUGUCCCUGUGGAAAGCUGUGGCUGUCAGUAUGCAGGCUUCUACUACAAUGCUGGUGAGUCCUUCUGGACAGAAGGUUGCUCCCAGCGAUGUGAGUGUCAUGCUCCCAAUGACCUGCGCUGCUCUGCUGCAUCUUGCACUUCGACACAAGAGUGCACCAUCAGAGAUGGUCAGCUGGGCUGUUAUGAUGCCAUGUCUACUUGCACUGUGUGGGGGGACCCACACUAUGACACCUUUGAUGGGGCACUGGCUCAUUUCCAGGGCACAUGCUCUUACAUCAUUACUGAAAGUUUGAGCCACGACACCAACGAAACCCAGUUUCAAGUCGUGGCCACCAAUAAUCACCGUGGCAACAACCGUGUGUCAUUUGUGUCAGCAGUGGAUAUAUACCUCACAAAUCAGCCUGAAAGUGUCAAUGUUAGGAUUGGACCCAACAAAAGAGUGAAGGUAAAUGGAAGUGAGGUAUCUCUUCCCACCACUGUAGGAACAUUAGCUCAGGUAGUAAGGCAGGAAAACUACAUCGUGGUCAGUGCUGAUGACUUGAUAGUCCAGUUUGAUGGGCAGAGUACUUUACUGGUCAGAGUGGGCCACCAUCGUCAAAGCAGAGUCACUGGGAUGUGUGGAAACUUCAACAGUGACCCUGCAGAUGACAAAGUCCUGCCCAAUGGCACAUCUGCCCAAAAUGACAACCACUUUGGACACAGCUGGAAGUCACCAACAAGCCAACCAGGAUGUGGAUUCACAGAUGAAGACAACUGUGAUGGAUUGAACGACUGUCCCUUCAUGGAAGAAUACUCUGAGCUCUGUAGUGUCAUCACCAACAGUAGCGGCCCAUUCAGCACCUGUCACCUGCACUCUGACCCCAAGCCGUUCUUCACUUCCUGCGUCUAUGAUCUCUGCUGCUACACUCCAGCCAAUGGCAUGCUGUGUUCUGCAGUCUCCGCCUAUGAGAGAACCUGCUCUGUUUUGGGGUUGAACAUCCCAGAGUGGCGCCCUGCUUUGCAGUGUGCUAAGUCAGACCCCUGUGAUGAGCUGAACUGCAUGGAUUAUGAGUGGUGUGGUGAGAGGGAUGGUAUUUAUGGCUGCUUCUGUGAUGAGCAAUAUCCUCGUCCAAACAAUGAGAGCUAUGACUCCUCUAUCACUUGUGUUAGUAGUUCAGGCACAAUAUCACUGUCGCGCUGCCAGCUGUUUGAAGCUGGCUUCAAUCCAAGUGCUCUCCACCUUCAAGAUGUCUCCUGUAAAGGGACUCAACAGGACGGACGCCUGGUGUUCCACUUUAACAACGACGACCAGCUGUGUGGGACAACUCUCAAGAGCAAUGGAACGCACUUCAGCUAUGAGAAUGCAAUCCAGGCUGACGAAGGGCUGAACAUCAGCCUGAUUUUUUUCUGUGAAUAUCCUCUGAACCAGGCCCUCUCUAUGGAUCUGGGCAUCAACCCUGUAGAGAGCCUUUUGAGGAAGAAGCUUCCAUCCGGCCGGGGCCACUAUCAUAUCAGAAUGAUCCCCUACCAGGAUGCUGGCUUCAGCUUCCCCCUGACCAGCAACAACGUAGAAAUGGAAAUUGACCAGAGGCUGUUUGUGGAGGUGCAGACAGAGGGAGUCGAUGAACGGCAGUUCUCCACUGUUCUAGACUCUUGUUGGGCGACACCUGUCAACAAUGCCAGCUAUUCUGUCCGCUGGGAUCUUAUUAUAUCUCAGUGUCCUAAUCCAGUAGAUGAUACAGUACAGAUAGUUCAGAAUGGCAGAUCUACUGUGGCCCGGUUCUCCUUCGAGAUUUUCGCCUUUACUGAUUUUCCAUCCAUCUACCUGCACUGCCAAGUCCACCUGUGUCUUGUGCAACACAACAGCUGCACAGCUCACUGCGACCACACUCACCACAGAGGUCAGAGAGACGUAUCCUACCACGACACUGUAAUGCUCAUGCUUGGACCUCUGCAUGUUGCGCUUGAUAAAUACAGGCCUUAUUCUUCAGCAUCCAAGGAGGUUGUGAGACCCCUCUACCCAGUGUCAGGAACUACAAGCCAUUUAAAUGAUGAUGACAGUCCUCCUCCAGCCACCUUGCAACAAUCUUUUGUCUAUUUUGGGCGGACCUACAAUCAGAUUUAUGUCAACCAGAACGGACACCUGACAUUUGACCAUCCAUGGAGAAACUACACAGCUGUGAGGUUUCCCAUGAAUGGACCAAGAGACAUCAUCGCUCCAUUCUGGGCAGAUCUCGAUAACAGGCAGAGAGGUCAGAUCUACUACGACCAAUUCACCAGCGGCAGUAUCCUCCAACAAGCUACACAGGACAUAAACCAGUAUUUCCGACUGAAAUUUAAUGCCAACUGGGUCUUUGUUGCAACAUGGUAUGAAGUGGCCUACUUUCCAAAUUCAGGAACGGAAACCACUGCCCAAGCAGUCUUGAUCUCUGGUGGAAGCUACUCAUUUGUCCUGAUGAAUUAUGGGAUAAUAGCUGCAACAAAGUACAGAGUACAGGCUGGCUAUGACACAGUUGACUCCAUUCAUCAUUGCUCCAUCCCUGGAUCAUUCUCUGACAGCGCAACAGACGUUAACUCAAAUUUCCGACUGAGUAGCAAUGUCAAUGUACCCGGGCGAUGGGCUUUCCGGGUUGACCAUGGAUCAAUAGGUUGCACUUAUGUUGGUAAGAUCACAGAGGGUGACCACACCACCUGCACUUACAGCCUCUCUGAGCAAUGCGGUUGCCCUACUAUAGAGAGGGCGAGAGCAACACCAAGGCAGCACUCAUGUUUCCUGGACACAACUGGUCAAGGUGUCUGUUUAUAA